GUCUGGAGAGCCUCGUUACUGAAUGACCCAGACAUCAAACUGUAAAAGGGCCAAAAACAUAAAAGCCCAAUCAUCCUCUGGAGGCUGGGACCAGGAGAGAUCAGGUGAAGACUGUGGGGGAGAUUUUUUUAAAGAGAGUCAGAGGAUGGCAGAAAAAGACGAGAUCUAGGAGAAAUACUUCAUCUCCAGUCUUGUACCAUCUUCAUCAACCAUCCAAUCAACUCUGGGCCCCCUCACACCUUUAAGGACAACACAGGACAGAGAAGAGAAGGAGAAAGAGGGGCUUUUAGAGAGACCAAACUGCAGGACUCAUGGAGGACAAGGAGAGUCUGAACACUGCUGGUCAACGAUGAAAGCUUCAUGCCUCGCUGUGCCUCUGAAUCCCUGCCAUAGCCCACACAUGGUGACUUCGGAUGUCCUGGUAUCAACCCAAGGCUGAACCAUGGUCAUUCUGCAGCAGGGGGACUAUGUGUGGCUGGACCUUAAAACGGGUCGAGAGUUUGACGUCCCCGUGGGAGCCGUGGUCAAACUCUGUGACUCCGGACAGAUCCAGGUUCUGGAUGAUGAAGGAACGGACCACUCCAUUUCCCCUCAGUAUGCCACCAACAUCAAGCCCAUGCACCCCACCUCCAUCCAGGGGGUGGAGGACAUGAUCCGUCUGGGCGACCUCAAUGAAGCUGGCAUCCUCCGCAACUUGCUCAUCCGCUACAAUGAACACGUCAUCUACACUUAUACAGGUUCAAUCCUGGUUGCAGUCAAUCCGUACCAGCUGCUGCCCAUCUACACAGCAGACCACAUCCGCCUCUACACCAACAAGAAGAUCGGCGAGAUGCCGCCGCAUAUAUUUGCCAUCGCCGACAACUGUUACUUUAACAUGCAGCGAAACAACAAGGACCAGUGCUGCAUCAUCAGUGGAGAGUCAGGAGCCGGGAAGACAGAGAGCACAAAGCUGAUCCUGCAGUUCCUGGCAGCCAUCAGUGGUCAGCACUCCUGGAUCGAGCAGCAGGUCCUGGAGGCUACGCCCAUCCUGGAAGCCUUUGGCAACGCCAAGACGAUCCGUAACGACAACUCCAGUCGCUUUGGAAAAUAUAUAGAUAUCCACUUCAACAGGCGAGGAGCCAUCGAAGGAGCCAAGAUAGAGCAGUACCUGCUGGAGAAGUCACGUGUUUGUCGGCAGGCUCCAGACGAGAGGAACUACCAUAUAUUUUAUUGCAUGCUGAGGGGGAUGGCUCCUGAGAUGAAGUCCAAGCUGGGUCUGGGUCUAGCUACAGACUACUCCUACCUUACUAUGGGUAACUGCACGCAGUGUGACGGUCGUAACGACCUGAGUGAUUACUCCAGCAUUGUGUCAGCCAUGAAAGUCCUCAUGUUCACUGAGACUGAAAACUGGGAGAUCUCAAAGCUGCUGGCUGCCAUCCUGCACAUGGGAAACCUGCGCUUUGAGGCUCGUAUAUUUGACAAUCUGGACGCCUGUGUAGUUGUGCGAUCUCCUGACCUGGUGACUGCUGCUACACUCAUGGAGGUGGAGCCUAAAGACGUGAUGGUGUGUUUGACUACUCGAACCCUGAUCACUCGAGGGGAAAGUGUCACUACGCCUCUCAGUGUGGAACAAGGCCUAGACGUCAGGGAUGCCUUCGUCAAGGGGAUCUACGGGCGGCUGUUCGUCUGGAUCGUGGAUAAGAUCAAUGCUGCCAUUUACAGACCCCCGUCCUGUGAGAGUAGCCUCGUGCGCAGGUCCAUAGGGCUGCUGGACAUCUUUGGUUUUGAGAACUUUAUCCUCAACAGUUUCGAGCAGCUGUGCAUCAACUUUGCCAACGAGAACCUGCAGCAGUUCUUCGUUCGCCAUGUCUUCAAACUGGAGCAGGAGGAGUACAACCUCGAGGACAUCAGCUGGCAGCACAUCGAGUUCACAGACAAUCAGGAUGCUUUGGACAUGAUCGCCAACAAGCCAAUGAACAUCAUCUCCCUCAUUGACGAAGAGAGCAAGUUUCCUAAGGGAACUGAUGCCACGAUGCUGUACAAGCUCAACUCACAGCAUAAGCUCAACUGCAACUACAUCCCUCCUAAAAACAGCUACGAAACCCAGUUUGGUAUCCAGCAUUUCGCUGGUGUGGUGCAUUAUGAGACCAGAGGAUUUUUGGAGAAGAACAGAGACAGCCUCCACACAGACAUAAUCCAGCUCGUCCACUCGUCCAAGAACAAGUUCAUCAAGCAGAUCUUCCAGGCUGACGUUGCCAUGGGUGUGGAGACGAGGAAGCGCUCUCCCACUCUGAGCAGUCAGUUCAAACGCUCUCUGGAGAUGCUGAUGAGGACGCUCAGUGUGUGUCAGCCCUUCUUUGUUCGCUGUGUCAAACCCAACGAGCUCAAAAAACCCAUGCUCUUUGACAGAGAGCUGUGUAUUCGUCAGCUGAGAUACUCCGGCAUGAUGGAGACCAUCAGGAUCAGGCGGGCCGGUUAUCCCAUCAGAUACACCUUCAUGGAGUUCGUGGACCGUUACAGAGUCCUCAUGCCUGGUGUCAAACCUGCUCACAGACAGGAAGACCUACGGGGGACCUGCCAGAUGAUAGUCCAGGCCCGGCUGGGGAAACUUGAAGACUGGCAGAUCGGGAAGACCAAGAUUUUCCUCAAGGACCACCACGAUAUGCAGCUGGAGAUCGAGAGGGACACAGCCAUUACCGACAAGGUCAUCCUCAUCCAGAAGGCUGUGCGUGGACUUAGAGAGAGGACUUACUUUCUCAAACUGAGGAGUGCUACCACUUUUAUCCAGAAGGUCUGGAGAGGCUAUCGAUGCAGAAGGAAUUACAGAAUUAUGAAAUGUGGCUUCCUGCGGCUCCAGGCAGUCUACAGGGCGAGGAGGUUCUACAGGAGCUAUCAGCUGACCCGCCUGAACGUCACCUACAUUCAGGCGCGCUGCCGAGGCUUCCUCGUCAGGCAGGCGUUCUGGCGGCGACUCCGAGCCGUGUUGACCCUUCAGGCCUACACCAGAGGCAUGAUAGCCAGACGCCUCUGCCUGAGGCUCAGGGCAGAGCUGCGGCAUCGGCAGGAAGCCGAGCGCCAGCGCCUGGCCGAGGAGGAGCAGCUGCAAAAACUGAUGACGGCUCGGCGGGCCAAGGCAGAGGCCGAGAGGAAACACCAGGAGAGGCUCGUCCAAAUGGCCCAGCAGCAGGAGGAGAGGGAGAGGGAGGAGAGGGAGGAGGCGAGGAGGAAGAAGGAGCUAGUGGAGCAGAUGGAGAGGGAGAGGGAGCAGCCGGUGGAUCACUCUGACAUGGUGGACCGCGUGUUUGGGUUCCUGGGGAACUCGGGGCCUUUGCCCAACCAGGAUGGACAAGCACCUGCUGGUUUUGAGGACUUGGAGAACACUCCUCAGGGUGAAGAAAAUGAAGAAGAGGAGCUGAAUGAAGGUCUACCGUUACCUGAUGAGGAUGACGAGGAUUUGUCUGAGUACAAGUUCUCCAAGUUUGCAGCCACAUACUUUCAGGGGGUUUCCACUCACACAUACAUCAGACGACCGCUGAAACAACCUCUGCUGUUUCAUGAGGACGAAGGAGACCAGCUGGCUGCGUUAGCGGUGUGGAUCACUGUGCUGAGGUUCAUGGGAGACCUCCCAGAGCCGAAAUGUCAGAUGGUAAUUAAUGACGGCAGCGAAAAGAUCCCCGUCAUGACCAAGAUCUACGAAACCCUGGGAAAGAGGACGUACAAGAGGGAGCUGCAGGAGCUGCAGGUGGAAGGAGAGAACAGCUCCAUAGACGGCCAGAAGAGGAACAGUAUCAGACAUAAACUUGUGUCUCUCACCCUGAAGAGGAAAACAAAGAUCACAGAGGAGGUGACCAGGCGGUUCACAGAGGGUGACUAUGGAGUCCAGGGGAACAGCAUGCUGGAGGACCGACCAACCUCCAACCUCGAGAAACUUCACUUCAUCAUCGGCAACGGUAUCCUACGACCAGCCCUCAGGGAUGAAAUCUACUGUCAGAUCUGCAAACAGCUCACUCAGAAUCCAUCAAAGAGCAGCCACGCCCGUGGGUGGAUCCUGCUGUCUCUCUGCGUUGGCUGUUUCGCUCCAUCAGAAAAGUUUGUCAAAUAUCUACGAACGUUUCUAAUAAACGGCCCUCCUGGUUACGCUCCAUACUGUGAGGAACGCUUGAGGAGGACAUUUGUCAACCGCACAAGGACCCAGCCGCCAUCUUGGUUGGAGUUACAGGCCACUAAAUCAAAGAAGCCCAUCAUGCUCCCGGUCACGUUCAUGGACGGCACCACAAAGACUCUCCUGGCAGACUCGGCCACGACUGCCAGCGAGCUCUGCAACGCGCUUGCAGACAAGAUCAACCUGAGGGACCGCUUUGGCUUCUCGCUGUAUAUCGCCCUGUUUGACAAGGUGUCGUCACUGGGCAGCGGCAGUGACCACGUCAUGGACGCCGUCUCCCAAUGCGAGCAGUACGCUAAAGAGCAGGGCGCCCAGGAAAGGAACGCCCCCUGGAGGCUGUUCUUCAGGAAGGAAAUCUUCAACCCCUGGCACAGCCCCUCUGAGGACUACGUCGCCACAAACCUGGUCUACCAGCAGAUCGUCAGAGGGGUGAAGUUUGGAGAGUAUCGCUGUGAGAGGGAGGAGGACCUGGCAGAGCUGGCCUCUCAGCAGUACUAUGUGGAUUACGGCUCUGAGAUCCUUCAAGAUCGCCUGCUCAGCCUCAUCCCCUCUUACAUCCCAGACAGAGAAAUAACCUCGACUAAGACUGCAGAGAAGUGGGCUCAGCUCAUCAUCAGCGCCCACAAAAAGGGAUUACACACUAAACGGAGGCUGAACAUGCAGAGGGUGAAAGAGGACGUGGUGGAUUUUGCUCGUUUAAAGUGGCCUUUACUCUUCUCACGCUUCUACGAGGCCUUCAAAUUCUCUGGUCCCAGUCUGCCUAAGAAUGACGUGAUCGUGGCGGUGAACUGGACCGGAGUUUACUUUGUGGACGAACAGGAGCAGGUUCUCCUGGAGCUCUCGUUCCCAGAGAUCACUGCUGUGUCCAGCAGCAGAGGGGGUAAACUCCAGGGCCAGAGUUUCACCUUGUCCACCAUCAAAGGAGACGAGUACACGUUCACCUCCAACAACGCAGACGACAUCAAAGACCUGGUGAUCACCUUCCUCGAUGGUCUAAGAAAGAGGUCCAAGUAUGUGGUGGGACUGCUGGACUGUCCCAACCCUGCAGGGGCAGACUCAACUUUCUUGAGUUUCACUAAAGGGGACCUGAUCAUUCUGGACGAACACUCCGGAGACCAAGUGAUGAACUCCGGCUGGGCUCACGGCAUCAAUGACAGGACCAAGCAGAGAGGCGACUUCCCCGCUGAGUGUGUCUAUGUGCUGCCCACCAUCACCAGGCCGCAGUACGACAUAGUGGCUCUGGUAACGAUGACUCCUGAUCAGAGGAGGGAAUCCAUCGGUGUGUCUCAGAUGAACCCCUCUGACAAAGAGGACAAAACCAAGGCGUACACAUUGGAGGAGUUCUCCUACGACUACUUCAGGCCUCCUCCUAAGAGCACUCUGAGCAGGGUGAUGAUCUCUAAGUCCAGAGGGAAGGAGCGUCUGUGGAGCUGUGCGAGGGAGCCUCUCAAACAGCCUCUACUGAAGAAAGUGUUGGCUCACGAUGAGCUCUCUCAGGAGGCCUGCCAGGCCUUCAUGGCCAUCUUGAAGUAUAUGGGCGACUAUCCGUCCAAACGAGUGCGGUCAGUCAACGAGCUCACAGAUCAGAUCUUUGAAGGAGCGCUGAAGGCAGAGCCGCUCAAAGACGAGAUCUUCUGUCAGAUUCUGAGACAGCUCACUGAUAAUCAAAUCAAGUACAGUGAGGAGAAGGGCUGGGAGCUGCUGUGGCUCUGCACUGGUUUGUUUCCUCCCAGUAACACCCUGCUGCCUCACGUCCAGAGAUACCUGCAGGCAAAGAAACACUAUCCACUCGCUCCAGACUGCAUGCAGAGGCUACAGAAAGCAUUACGAAAUGGAUCCAGGAAGUACCCCCCUCACCUGGUGGAGGUGGAGGCCAUCCAGCACAAAACCACUCAGAUCUUCCACAAAGUCUACUUCCCGGAUGACUCAGACGAGGUGUUUGAAGUUGAGUCGAGCACCAAGGCCAAAGACUUCUGCCACAACAUCUCUGGACGUCUGAUGCUCAAAUCUGCAGAUGGCUUCAGUCUUUUUGUGAAGAUCACAGAUAAGGUCAUCAGUGUUCCCGAUGGGGACUUCUUCUUCGACUUUGUGAGGCAUCUGACCGACUGGAUCAAAAAAGCCAGACAUGUGAAAGACGGUGUGGUGCCUUCACUGACCUAUCAGGUGUUCUUCAUGAAGAAGCUGUGGACUAACACUGUUCCCGGGAAAGACUCCAUGGCUGACUCCAUCUUCCACUACUAUCAGGAGCUGCCGAAGUAUCUGAGAGGCUACCACAAGUGUACAAGGGAGGAGGUGUACCAGUUGGGGGCGCUGAUCUACAGAGUGAAGUUUGAGGAGGAUAAAUCCAACUUUCACAACAUCGCCAAGGUCCUGAAGGAGCUGGUCCCUCAGGACCAGAUCAGACAUCUGUCCCCCGAUGACUGGAAGAGGUCCAUCAUGUUGCUGUUCAACAAGCACUCAGGAAAAACCCGAGAAGAAGCCAAACUCGCCUUCCUCAAAGUGAUUUACAAGUGGCCCACAUUUGGAUCUGCCUUCUUUGAAAUAAAGCAAUCAACUGAUCCCAACUACCCCGAAACUCUCUUGAUAGCCAUCAACAAACAUGGUGUCAGUUUGAUUGAUCCCAAAUCUAAGGACAUCCUCACCACUCAUCCCUUCACAAAGAUCUCCAACUGGAGCAGUGGAAACACGUAUUUUCAUAUCACCAUUGGAAACCUGGUCCGAGGCAGCAAACUGCUGUGUGAGACCUCGCUGGGCUACAAAAUGGACGACCUCCUGACCUCUUACAUCAGCCAGAUGCUGACGACCAUGACCAAACAGAGGAGCACCCGAGGAAACAGCAAAUAAAUUACGGUCAUCCAAUCAAA